AUGGAGAGUAUUGAUAAGGAUCCGUCAAAAUCGUGUAACGCGCAAGAUACACCGACUGAUGAGAGUUUUUUAAAUGCGUCGCAAGAUGUUCAAGAUGAAAAGCGCAUUGUCAACAACAAUUUUAUAGAAGCGGCAAAAGAAAUUUCGGUUUUUCCCUUAUCUAUACCGAAUCAAACACAAUUAGAAAAGUGGAUUAUUGCCCUGAAACUUCGCUAUUGGAUCGAUUUUGGAAACAGUGACGAAUAUUAUGUCGGUUGGACACGGAAUCUUAAUACAGCCGGUGAGUUAGUUGAGUUAUUAAUCACAAUUAGCAAUUGUAAUGAGGAGAAUAAUCAUAGUGAUCGUUUAUUUACGAUAACAGUUUGCUUAAUAAAGAAAGAAAUUUCGAUACAAGGACAGUACUGUGCCCUUUGGAAAAGAAAUGAAUAUGCCAAACUUAAUUAUUUUGUAUCUGAACUGACUACGCUAUCUGAUAUCAACACAAUAACAGUCGGACACUUGUAUGACAAAGUGUUUGUUCCUAACAAGUCGCUUAAUUUCGAGGGAGUUUCUUUAGACGCAUAUACAGACUCUGAUACUGAGGAAGAUUUAACACAGUCACAAGAAUACACUGACUCUCAAUCAUUUCUUGACGGUAACAAGCAAGGAAAGAAAAUCAAAUCCCCAACCAAAAUGCGGCGUAAAGGUCAAGGGUUAAUUCGACGCAAUGGCGGCAAUGCCUCGUAUGCAAACAGCGCUCAAAAAGAUAAAAAGUCUGCGUGUAGUUCUAAAUCCGAAGGUUUACAAGAGGUUUGGGAAUAUGUACGUUCUGUCAGUAAACGCAUUGAGUCUCUCGAGAACGUUUAAUACUUCACAGUUACAUAAAAUUUUGGCUGACUCAGUUGUUGAUAUAAAAAUCACUAUAAAGGGACUGGUCAUAAAGUAACUGCUAGGGUGGGCCGGAGUGAUUUGGGAUGGGCCAUGGAAAAUCUUUGGGCAGUUUCGAUGGGCCGCCAAUUAUUUUGUAUGUCCACGGUUGGGCCAGCAAACAAAAACCCAUAUCUACUUUCAUCACUUAUUCUGAUAAAUAUAAUUAUAGCAAAUACAACAUAAUACAAAUCAAACAUAAUACAAAUCUAACAGGGCUGUACACUUCACAGAGGGCAGCAGGGACAACUGCCUACCCGGCUUCCCCCCCCCCCCCCCCCCCCCCCGGCCGAGAAAAUUUAACUAAAAUAAAAAUUUCAUGUAAACAAUAUUCAAAGUGUCUAUACAGCCGGAUACUUAGUAAACUGUCACUUGCCAAUCCAUACUCAUCGAAUUUUCAAAACUUUAUUGUAAUCAUAUGAAGCAAAAGUUCUGUCACUUGUUGUUUACACUUGCCAAUGUUAACUGUUGAGUAACAUACACAAGCUAGUCGAGGAACAUGCAUUACUGUAGCAAAGAGUCAAUCAUAUAUUGAAGACCACUGAAUAGUAGAUGUUUUGAAGAUCAUGAGUGAAGUAUUAUAAUUCAUUUCCAAUCCUGUGCACAGUUAAUGAUAUACCACACUGUUCGGUUUAACACAGCAUAUCCACACAAAAACAAUUUGUGUUGUAGGAGAAUAUCUGUUUGAGUAGAAGGUAUCACAAGUUUAGUUUUGUACAUAUCGUGUGCCAUUGAUCUGAUCCAUCCAUAUAAUAUAUGAUUAUAUUGUAGCUGUUAAGUUAUUUUUCAUACUAAUGAAUUUAGGUAAGAUUGUCUUGCAAGUGGGUAGUUCUGACAAAAUUAUCCAGCCAAUAUCCAGUACAUCAGUACAUGUAUCCAUCAUUCUUGUAUUAAUCUCUAAACAAAAACAUUUAUAUUAGAAAGCUAAAUGACAAUGUAAUUAGGAGGGAGGGUGGGGAUUCUUUUAUUAGCAUUUGAAAAUGUUUUGUUUAAUUAACUCUUAUGUGCAAAACCAACAUGUAUAAGUAUAAUUUUAACUGAUCUGUGAUAUCUUUACCUUUGCUCUAUUAAACACUACAUUUCAUUUUGUGACAACUUAGUUGGACAGUUGUUUUGAACAGUGUUACAGAAAUACAGGACCAGGAUUUAAUUCAAUAUCUCCUGAGAACAUUAGUUUCUUGUGAUAUAUUUGUUUAUAAUUGGCAAUAUAAUACCUGCACAAUUAAUGAUUGUUUUUAUACUGUAUAAAUGUAUAUAAUAAAAUAUGAUAAUAAAAUAUGUGGUAUUUGACUACUUAACAGAUGAGGAUAAGUUUCCAUGUUGAUAGAUAACUUCGGAAUAAUAUCACAAGUAGAAUGGUGAAAACAAGACAGCCAAUUCAAGAUAAAAUCAAGAUAUUUUUGAAGCCAAAAUAUGGAAAAGAAUAACACGACUUGCACGAGGCCAAACUACGCCCGUUCGCAGGUUAGGACGUUAGGUGCAAUCACGAUGUAAACAAUUGAUGUAAGCUAAUCGCUGAUUGGCUUAAUUAUAUAAGCUUGUCGCUGAAUGGCUAUGGGUAACGUUAAUAGUAAUCUACUUCGCAAAUACAAAAAUAAAGAUAUACACCGGCACUGUAUUGAUAUACGUUCAUACCUGCAAGUUUUUUUUUCAUUAUAAAAGUGUAUUUUCCCAAUUUAGAUGGGGUGGGUGGGUCAUGAAAUAAAUUUGGUAAGAUUGGAUGGGCUUUGAAAUUUUUAUCUACAUCCUAAGAUGGGUCACCAAACUUAUUCGCAAAAUUUGUGAUUUACCUCCAGCCCACCCUAGCAGUUACUUUAUGACCAGUCCCUAAUGAUCAGAUCAAUGAAUCUAAUGAUGAACUGUCAAAUUCACUUAAAGAUCAUUUAAAACACGAGCUAUCUGUUACGAGAAGGGAACAAAAGAUUUACGAAGUUGAGUUUAAUCAAAAGAUUAAUAAAGCUGAAACGGAAGUUAACCGAAUAAGGGGGAGAGUGGGUUCUUUGGUAGAAGAGAAAAAUAGUCUUUUGAAAAGAGUUCAAUCACUUGAAAAGGAGAAUAAAACCUUACAAGAGAAAGUAACACAGCUAACUGAUAACAAUAACUGGAAUCACGAAAACUCUCAAUCAACCGAAAAAAUCCCUGCAAGUCUCGUACUAGAUCAGUCUGUAAUUGUUGUUAAUCAAGAGGAAUUUGAUGCCAACGAAACUGCACCAAUAGCAAACAAUAGUGAAGUUGGAAACGAAGAUAACACAUCCAGCACCACUUCGGAUAAGCCUGUCGAGACACAACGGUUUGAUUUCGUUAUGUUAAGCGAUUCAAAUAGACGAUACAUCGAUGUUUCAAAAUUGUACUCAAAUAGAAACAGCAAAAUGAUUGCCUGCAAUACCACAAGUAAAGCAAAUGAAAUUCUCAACUCGCCCAGGUUCAGUGUUGAUAAAGGUCUCAUCAUAAACACGGGGGUUAAUGAUAUGGAACGUUUGUCUCCAGAAGAAAUAAUUACUGAACAAGUAAAAUUAGUUAACACAGCAUGUAAAGUUUUCCCGGAUAAGAAGAUAAUAGUAUCAAGCAUCACCCCAAGACUAGACGAUUUAGGUAGAAAUAUCAAUAAAAUCAAUGACGCAAUUGAUGACGAAAUUAAGAAUCUACCGAAUGUUAUCCACGUGUAUAAUGGAUAUUUAGAAAAUACUAAAUACUUCCACGAUAAUAAACAUCUUAACAAGAAACGUGGAAUACCAGCUUUGGCCAAAAAUAUUAAGUGGGGUCUUCGGUCUGCUUUUGGUCGUGAGAAGAAAGAAGACCAUGCAGUACACAACAGCCACAAAGUCAAAAAACAUCAACCGGAAAUUAUCCCGAGAACUGAAGAACAAAAUGCAACAGUGAUCAACCCUCCACAGCCGGAUGAAAUGUUAAAUGGAAUGCAACAGCAAAUCAACUUCAUUACAGAUCUCUUUAAUAAAGUGAUCCAAUCGAAUGUCAACCUGCAACAAUAA